AUGGCAGAGUCACGACACGGGAGGAAAAGGAAAGAAGAAAAAGCCAGUUCCGUCUUCUUCACCACGCCUCCCCCCACCAACUUUACCAGAUGCCCGAGUGUGAGGCACCAGACAGCUGUGGCCGUGGCGGGCGUGGAGGUGUGGUCAGGCGGAGGCGGCUGGGGGCUGGCGGUGAGGGCGGCGUGCCUCUACGACACAGACUCCACCACCAGGUGUGAGGCAGGAGAGACACACCUACACAGGGAAGGGUGGGCUGUGCCGUCCAUCACACCUUCCAAAUCAAACAGUACUGGUGCUAGCCCCCGCAGCGGCAUCACCCUUACAGCAGUCAACCCUCGCACAGGCCGUGUCAUCUUUAACAAGGUGUUCCCGCUGGGGCAGUACUGGGCGCACUGGGCAGACCUGGAGUGGCACCUGCAGCACGUGGCCCCGGGCCGCGUCGUCGUACUGGCCAUCACUGUCUCAGGUGCCGUGGGCCUCCGCCACGCUGCCGUUCGCAUCGCCGCCCUCGGCUCUUUCUUCGCCCUCCACUUGCCGCCCACAGCCCACUGGACCUGGGUCUUCAUCAAGGGCGGCCGCACCCUUUCAGAGACAGUAACUCUCCACUCCCGCGGCGCCCACCACGCCCACCUCCUGCUGCCACUGUCCUCACUCCCCUACCCACCGUCCUCAGAGCCUCGAUGGCAAUACUGUGCUGCCCACGGUGCCAUGGGCGGCCUCUGUGACGAGCACGACCCAGAUCCUUUGCCGCCGCCCAAACCCGCCCCUGUGGCACGCCAGGCAGCCCUCGCCCACGUCCCCAUCGUCGUCACCGCCGGCGCCAGACACCAGUACCUUUAUCACACCCUCACCACCCUCCUGGCGGCGCCCGGCGCCCUCCACCACAACAUCCUGGUGGUCCUGGGCGACGCUCCACCCUCCACCACGAGCCUCCUCCACCUCCUCGGCGUCAACUUCACCAGUGUCGCCGUCAGCGGGCACGACAACGACAAGCUCUUCCGUUACUACCGCGCCGUCUUCCGCCUGCUGGAGCGAUCCUUUCCCGACGCGCCGGCCGCCAUCUUACUUGACGAAGACGUCGAGGUAUCCCCAGACUUUUUCUCCUUCUUCAGCCAGACGUUGUGGCUGCUGCACGCCGAUCCCUCCCUAUACUGCAUCAACGCGUACUCCGCCACGGGGUUCAGCGGUAUCGCCCACGAUCCAUGCACACUUCAGCGAGGCAGCGUACAGGUGGAGUGGGGCUACGCCGUUUCGCUAGAUUUCGUGCGGGAUCUUAAUACUAAGUGGCCAAAUGACCCCCCCGGGAAUGACACGUUGUUCUAUGACGAAUGGAUUUUCCGGCACGGUGGCCGCGGGCGAGAGUGCGUCUUCCCAGAGAUGAGUCGCACCAAGCACUUCGGUGUGGGCGUGAACACGGACGCAUGGAGCACUGAGAUAUACUUCCUUAACAAGCCACUGAUGAGGCGGCCUAACGUGGCCCUGCAAGACGUGGCGGGUAUGGUGUGGGGCCAUUGGCAGCGACGCUUCACUGCCAGUCUGACGAAUGCCACGCCUCUCACAGGCAAUCCAUGUGGAAAGAACUUCGUGCCACGAGUCAACAUGCCAGUAAACUUUGUAUUCUUCUACAAGCAGGUCAGGAAACCCGACGGACAACCGGACUGGACCAACUUCUACUUCGCCGCCAAGUGCCUCAACGCAUGGGGGGUGUCAGAGCAGGGAAUGCACCAGCGUGUGCUCACGGUGCGGCCCUCUCUCCACGCCACCCUGUUCCUGGUGGGCACCCCAUUCUCCCCCCACGGCCACCUGUGCCCGCCACACGUCACUCCCUGGCAGUAUGCCACCCUCACAUCCUCCGAGGACCAAAUCCUCAUUGACAGGAUCAGACACCUCGAGAUUGGGGAAUUCCACGUUGCUAACCUGAACAUGACCAGUGACUACCUGGCAGACCUACUGAUAAAGCCUCACUCACAGACUUACAACAACAGUGUGUUUAUGAUUCUCAGUCGAAUGCAUUGCAACAUUUGCCACGCUGGUGAGAGGUGCAUACGGGGCCAAGGUUCCCGGCAGCGCCCCUCUGGCUGGGUGUGA